AUGGAAGCAAAUCAGAUAUCUGGAAGCAUACCCACUGAAAUAGGGAAGCUUGUCAACUUACAGACUUUAACUUUGGGGCUGAAUCAACUCCAUGGUAGCAUUCCUGAUUCCAUUGGAAAUCUUGAAAAGCUAAAUGUUAUGUAUCUCGCGGGAAACAAAUUAUCAGGGCAUAUUCCAUCUUCUUUGGGGAAUUUAACAUCCAUUGCCUAUCUCUACUUGGGGGUAAAUAACUUACAAGGUAGCAUCCCAUCUAGUCUAGACAAUUGCCAGAAUUUACUAUUAUUGGGUCUUUCUCAAAAUAACCUCAGUGGUUACAUACCCACAGAAAUUUUUGGCCUUUCUAGCUUAUCAAUAUUUCUUGAUCUAUCCUACAACUUUUUAAUUGGUUCCCUUCAAUUAGAACAAGGAGAUUUGGGAAAUUUAGUCUCAUUGGAUAUUUCCCACAACAUGCUAUCCGGUGAGAUUCCGAGCAGUCUUGGCCGUUGCAUAAGCUUGAGAGCGCUCUACAUUGAUGGUAACUCGUUUCAAGGGACCAUUCCUCCAUCUUUAAGUUCUUUGAGAAGUGUUGAAGUGUUAGAUUUUUCUCGCAACAAUUUGACCGGGCAAAUUCCAGAAUAUUUGGAGAAUCUUAUAUUUUUACAAAAUCUAAACCUAUCUUUCAAUGAUUUUGAGGGUGAGGUACCACUAGGAGGAGUUUUCCAAAAUGCAACUGCAGUUUCAGUUGUCGGAAAUAGUGAGUUGUGUGGGGGUGUUCCGGAAUUGCAGCUGCCUAAAUGCAGCAUCAAAGAAGCAUCGAAAAAACAUGGAAUCUCUUUUGCUGUAAAAUUAGCAGCACCCAUAUCUAGUGGGAUCUUGGUGCUAAUUUUGGUGUUGUUUUCUGUUUUUAUUUACAAAUGGAGACAGAGAAAGUUCAGCUCCGUGUAUAAAGGAAUUCUCGACGAAACUGAAACGGUUGUUGCUGUGAAGGUUUUAACUUCUUGUUCUAGCAUUGAUUUUCAAGGAAAUGACUUCAAGGCUUUGGUUUAUGCAUACAUGGAUAAUGGGAGUUUGGAUAGUUGGUUGCAUGAGAAUCCUAUGUUAGGGACAGAAAAUGAGAAGCCGCGUAGGCGGCUAAACCUACUGCAGAGAUUAAAUAUCGCCAUUGAUGUAGCUUGUGCCCUUGAUUAUCUUCAUUAUCAUUGUGGAACACCAUUGGUGCAUUGUGAUCUCAAGCCAAGUAAUGUGUUGUUGGAUAGUGACUUGCUUGCUCAUGUAGGUGAUUUUGGAUUAGCAAAGUUUCUUGCAGAGGCCACACCAACAUUUUCUUCAAACCAGGCCAACUCCAUAGGAAUAAUUGGGACCAUUGGUUAUGUUGUUCCAGAGUAUGUCAAGGGUUCUAGAGUGUCAACAUAUGGAGAUGUGUACAGUUAUGGAAUCCUCAUGUUGGAGAUAUUCAUUGGAAAAAGAACCACUAAUGACAUGUUUAAUGAUGGUUUGAACCUUCACAACUUUGCUAAGAUGGCUAUACCAGAACGGGUUAUAGAGAUUUCUGAUCUUGCUAUUUUCUGUAAUGAAGACGAGGAGAUAAUUAAAAGCUUUCAUACUGCAAAACAUGAGCAAAUUAAGGAGUGCCUCAUUUCAAUUUUUAAGGUUGGAAUUGCUUGUUCCAUGGAAUUGCCAUCAGAUAGAAUGAGCAUUGGUGAUGCAAUUACUGAACUGCAUUUGAUCAAAGUGGAUCUCCUUAGACAUAGGAUACAACAACAAGAAGGUGCAAAUGUGCACUAG